AGCAACAGAUGAUGACCGUGGUUCGUUCGGAGCGAUAUCGUACUCCCUAGGGUCUAGUUCUAGCAGCAUGGUACCGGCCCAGUUUACUGUCAACAAGGAGACUGGUCAGCUGUGUUCCAGCACCACACUGGAUCGAGAGCAGGGGUCAGGCAACUACGACCUCACCGUGACCGCUACUGAUGGGGGUGGUCAGAGUGCAGUGACCCGUGUGCGUGUGUAUCUGGAAGAUGUUAAUGACAACCGUCCAUCCUUCUAUCCGGUGCUCUACACCGUGAGCCUCAGCACCCAGAGUGCCCCCGGAACCUCCGUGACCAAGGUGACGGCCAACGACCCCGACGCUGGUGACAACGGCAGGGUGACCUAUCGCACGGUGCCGGGAGGAGGCUCCACCUUCUUCACCCUCAACAAGGACACAGGUGUGAUCUCUCUCGCGCGGUCGCUUCACGGUAAGGCCAACACCCUGGUCUCCAUGUUGAUCUCGGCGCAGGAUGGCGGUGGUCUGACGGCGCCGUUGAACGCCCGUGUCAACGUGAGCGUGGUCGGGGGCUCGGUGGCGCUCCCUCUGUUUGAACAGGCUCAGUACUACUUCACUGUGUCUGAGGAGGUCCUCAGGGGAACCGAGGUGGGCAAGGUCCACGCUGCCACCAAGACCGGUCCUUCCCAGGACAUCUCCUAUUCCAUCUCAUCCGGUGACCCAGAAGGUUAUUUCACCAUGGACUCUACCUCCGGGGCGCUCCGUUCCUCUGUCCCUCUGGACCACGAGGCCUGUCCCAGCCUCGACCUGGAAGUCCUGGCUCGCUACGGCUCUCCGCCCGCCUACGGAACCACUCGCGUACGCAUCACCAUCUCAGACGUCAAUGACAACGCUCCCUCCUUCCUUCCCUCCUCCUCCGAAUCCCUCCUUCUCCCGGAGGUGACUAAAAUGGGAACGGUGGUGUACCGGGUUCAGGCCACUGACCGGGACUCUGGUCCAAACGGUCAGCUGAGUUUUGACCUGGUCUCGAUCGGCACGGGGGGCAGUAGCGGUCAAAGGAUGUUUGGCGUGGACCGAGGAAGCGGGGAGCUGAAGCUGAUUGGUGAACUGAACUACGAAAGUGUUCCGCGCUACGACCUACAGGGCGCGGCUGGGGUGGGCAGGACUGGCAGUGCCACGGUGAGGGUCUCUGUGACAGAUGAGAACGACAACAGUCCCCGUCUGAGUCAGGAGAGGGUGUUUCUGGCUGUGACAGAGAACCUUCCGGCGGGCACGGGGUUCGGCCGCGUGUCGGCUACCGACAGAGACGCAGGACUGAACGCCAGACUGACCUUCAGACUCCUGCACACUGACAGACACUUCCAGAUCAACUCACACACAGGUGAGAUCAGUACCAGGUUAUCUCUCGACAGAGAGCAGCAGUCUAGCUACCAGCUGGUGGUUGUUGUACAAGACGGAGGCACGCCCCCUCGCAGCGCUACGGGUACUGCCCACAUCACUCUAUUGGAUGAGAACGACAACGCCCCUGUCUUUAACCACGCCCACCCCGACAGGGAACUGCUCAUACAAGUGAUGGAGGAAUCCCAGCCUGGCUCAGUCUUGGGGACAAUAACAGCUAAAGAUCCCGAUGAGGGAGAGAACGGAACACUCCAUUACUCACUGUCAGGUUCCAGAGUGGAGUGUUUCUCAUUGAACCCCACCACAGGAGAACUACGUUGCUCGUCCUCUCUGAGACACGCUGAGAGGGCUGAGUACAACCUGACAGUGUCAGCUUCUGACCACGGCACACCUCCACACACCUCUACCUGUCCCCUACGCAUUCAGGUCCUGAGUUCCAGUAAGUCUUCUGCCAAGAACACUCUGUCCAUGACUCUCAACUCAGUGGAGGGCGUCGCCCCAGGCUCUGUCAUUGGCUCUGUCCGGUCACAUGACCAGCGUGACACGCUGUCGUUGGACGGCCAGGUGACGUACGUGGUGGUGGGCGGGACGGACAGGAAGGGGACGUUCAUGGUUGACCGGGUUACGGGAGACGUGUACCUGGUCAGAGUACUGGACUAUGAGGAAGGAGACAGGUACACUCUGCAUGUGGAGGUAUCAGAUUUCACGCUGGCGUACCCCAGCAGUCACAGAGUACAGCUGGACAUUAACGUCCAAGACAGCAAUGACCACGCCCCCCAGUUCACAGAGGACCCCGUUACCAUAGUGAUACCAGAGAACACCCAGCCGGGAGCCUCCAUCUACACCUUCCAGGCUGUGGAUAAGGACGGCAGUGGUCCCAACAGCGAGCUGCGUUACUCAAUCCAGCACCGCUGGCCUGACUCCCUUCACCUCCUGACCCUUGACCCUUCCACUGGGGUCCUGACCUUGGGUCAGAAGUUAGAUCACGAGACCACGUCCUCCCUCUACCUGGUUGUCAGAGCGACCGACCAGGCGGAGGACGUGUCCGCGCGGCGCUGGGGGUCGGUGACGGCCCGGGUGUUUGUGACGGACGAGAAUGACAACGCUCCCGUGUUCAGCUCGUCCUCCGCCGUCAGUGUUAUGGAGGACCAGCCGGUCGGGUUCGUGGUUGUGUACGUGAUGGCUCGUGACGAGGAUGAGGGAGAGAACGGACGAGUGUCCUACAGCAUCCAAUUAGGGAACAGCGCUGGACGCUUCAGCCUCAACCCCAACACCGGCUCUCUGUCCAUUCUGAAGGCUCUAGAUCGUGAGAACCAGGAAGUGUUUAAUCUGACCAUCACAGCUGAGGAUCACGGGAUGCCCCAGCUGUCCACCAGUCAGGUUCUGUCUGUCCACGUGAUUGAUGUGAACGAUGAGCCGCCGCUGUUCCAGUGGGGGGAGCUAGAGGCGGAGGUCAGAGAGAACCAGGAAGCGGGAACCACGGUGAUCACCGUCACGGCAACGGACAGAGACCAAGGUUCUAAUGGCCAGGUGACAUAUGGAGGUGUAACAGAGGAAGGGUUCAGCAUCAACCCUGUGACAGGAGUCAUCAGCACUACCAAGACCCUGGACAGAGAGACUCAGGACCACUACACACUCACAGUGUAUGCCAGGGACGGGGGCCUGCCUCCUAACUUUGCCAAGGUGGUGGUGCGUGUGUUGGUGCAGGAUGAGAACGACAACGCGCCGGUGUUCGCCAGGCCCUGGUACGGCCUAGAGGUCCCUGAGAGCCAGAGCGCCGUGGAGCUGUGUAUUGUCAGGGCUGCUGACGCAGACACUGGCCCCGCUGGAGACAUUGAGUACAGGAUCACUGCUGGAGACCCAGACGGGAUCUUCCAACUCCAUGUCAGUUCAGGGGCCCUGUCCACGUCUCGUCCCCUGGAUCGGGAGCUGCGGGCAGGGUACAACCUGGAGGUGGUGGCCCUGGACCAUGGUUCUCCUGCUCUGAGCAGCACAGCUACAGUGGAGGUGAAAGUGUUGGAUGUAAAUGACAACAGUCCGGCCUUCAGCAGCAGCAGCUACACCGUAGACGUCUCAGAGGACGCUGCCCAGGGAACUACAGUCUUAGAGGUGACGGCCACAGACGCAGACGAGGGGGAGAACGGGAAGGUGCUGUAUUUCCUGAGUCAAGAGGCUCGGGGCACUUUCACCGUUGACGAAAACACUGGCUGUAUUACAACGGCAUCGCCGGUGGACCGAGAGAAGAGGGCGUCGUACAGCUUCCGUGUGUUCGCUGUGGACCUGUCACCUGCCGAGCCCAGAAACACAUCGGCUCAGGUAACCGUGACGAUCCUGGACAUAAACGACAACGCUCCAUUCUUCAUCCAAGACCCCCUCGUUGUCGAGGUCUCGGCCAGCCAAUCACAUCGGGUCCUGGCCACCAUGCGGGCCGAGGACAAGGACUUUGGCGCCAACGGCUCUGUGUUCUACCGUUUUGCCGGGCCAGUGAGGGGUUUCAGCAUCAACUCCCUAACAGGGGAGAUCCAGGGGACAGAGGGGAUAGACAGGCUGAGUCAGGCCCAGAGGACCCUCAUGGUGGAGGCUAUGGACCAGGGAACCCCGGCCCAGUCCAGCCUGGGGGUGGUGGUGGUCUAUGUGAAGGAACAGGUGUAUACAGGCAUCAGGUUCUCAAGGAACGCCAGAGACGUCAGCAUACAGGAGAACGCCGCCAAAGGUACGGCUGUAGCUCAGGAUCAGGCCCAGUACCCUGAUGGAACCAGAAGAGGGAUCAGCUAUAGUCUCUUCUCUGGAAACAGACUGCAGGCCUUCAGCAUCGGCACUAGCACAGGUGAAAUCUGGGUUCAGAGGUCGUUGGGUCUGGACUUUGAGGACACUCCGCGACUCCGCUUGGUAGUGAAGGCUGAGACGGCUUCGUCCAGCUCCUUCAUGGCCGUCAACCUGAUCCUGCAGGACAUCAAUGACAACCUGCCACGCUUCCAGCUCCAGAACUAUGUAGCCUACAUGAGAGAGGCCCAGGGUUACGACAUGCCAAUCAUACAGGUGGUGGCAGAGGACGUGGACCAGGGGCAGAAUGGUCAGGUGACCUACUCUAUCCAAUCAUCAGGAGGCAUGAGCGGCCUGUUCAAGAUCGACCCUGUCACAGGAAGCAUCACCACCGCCGCCAUCAUGGACAGAGAGAUCUGGACUCAGACCAGGCUGGUUGUCACAGCGACGGACAGGGGCAGCCCGCGAUUGGCCGGUUCGGCCACACUCACAGUGAUCAUCGUAGACCUCAACGACAACAGUCCAACAAUCCCUCUGCCCCGGGAGGUCCGCAUUCCUGAGAACACCCUGAUCGGCACAGAGAUCACCUUGGUAACGGGUAAUGACGUGGACUCCAGCCCGGCCCUGUCCUACAGCCUCCAGCUGGACGGGUCGUCCCAGGGGAAGUUUGGGAUUCACCGCUACAGUGGAGGGGUGUCUCUGACCGCCCCUCUGGACUACGAGGACAGGACCUGGUACACACUGACCGUCAGGGCUACUGACUCCCAACACCAGACUGAGGCUAAUAUCACCAUAUUGGUGGAGGACGUAAAUGACAACGCUCCUGUGUUCACACACGAUCUAUACCAGGUAACGCUGCCAGAACAUUCCCCGCCAGGCAGUCCCGUUGUCACUGUGACGGCGACUGAUCGUGAUUCGGGGGAGAAUGGAAAGGUCACCUACAGAGUGAUGUCGUCAACGCGAGGUGGCUUCUACGUAGACCCCAGCAACGGUACCCUGUUCAUCAGGGAGAGGUCAGAGUUUGAUCCAGAGAACCCGUCCGUCAGUGUGGUCAUCGAAGCCUGUGACGAGGGAUCCCCGCCCCUCUCGUCGUUCACCACAGUACAGGUCCAGCUAUCAGACGUCAACGACAACGCUCCCGUCUUCCACCAAUCAGAGUACAGGGCGACGGUGUUGGAAGACUCCAUCCCCGGGGCGACCAUCCUGACCCUGGAGGCCAUGGACGCUGAUUUCUCUCGGGACAACUGCGGCUUCGACUUCGCCAUUGCCAAUGGCAACACCGGGAACGUCUUCCAGAUCGAGAGCAGCGUGCGCUUCCUGGAGGGGCGGGGCUUCCAGACCGUAGGGACGCUCCUAUUGGCCGAAGUGCUGGACUUCGAGGCCGUGCCCCUCUAUAACCUGACGGUGGUGGUGUCGGACAGAGGGGUUCCACAGAGGAGUUCUAGCGUUGCCGCGGUGAUAACCGUUGGCGAUGUAAACGAUAACCCGCCGGCGUUUGGCAGGGCGGAGUACGCUGUGUCACUGAGUGAAGGAGCUGGCGCCGGGACAGAGAUAAUACGACUCACUGCCACAGACCCAGACUCUGCCCCCAACGCAGAGGUCCAGUACAGUAUCAGCUCAGGCGAUGAGAUGGACCUGUUCACCAUCGACCAGUGGACCGGGGCGCUGCGGUUACAGCGACAGCUCGACCGCGAGCACCAGUCCUCCCACGUGGUCAUCGUCCAGGCCUCGGAUGGCCACGGUCACGUCGCCCUGACCCCGAUCAGCGUAGAGGUCAAAGAUGUGAAUGAUAACAGACCGUUCUUCCCUAUCGAGACUCUGACGGCUAGCAUCAGAGAGAACCAGCCGGUCAACUCAGCCGUGACCAUACUCCACGCCAUAGACCACGACACUGGGAUGUACGGCCAGCUGAGAUACUACAUGGUGGAGCAAGGUCAAGGGUCAGGAGUUACAGGGCGAGAGGCCUUCACCGUGGACCAGAGUUCAGGAGAGGUCAGGGCUAAGAUGACUUUUGACUUUGAGAAGGUCAACUCAUUUAAUUUUGUUGCUCUGGCGAUGGACGCCGGUAACCACUCGGCCACGGUGACGGUCCAGGUGUACGUGACUGGUGAGGAUGAGUACGACCCACUCUUCGUCUCCCCAGAGUUCUCCUUUGAGGUUCCAGAGGGGGCGAAGAGGGGCCAGAGCAUCGGACAGGUCCAGGCAAACGACGAGGACGGAGGUGUAGAUGGUAUCGUCCUCUUCUCGCUCCCAAGCUCCUCCCUGUACUUUGACGUCAACAAAACAACCGGGGUGGUUUUCCUCAAGAUGGACGGGUCUUCUAGUCGCAGCAGCAGCAGCGGGUUAGGGGGGCGGUCCAAAAGGGAGACCAGGACAAUGACACUGGACGUUCACGCCCACAGCCCUCUGGACACGUCCCGGGUCACCACGGCCCAGCUGACCAUCGAUGUGACCAACACGUCCUUCGGCCUGGGGGCAGACCUCAACGUCCUGCUGAUUAUCAUCAUCGCCGUGUCCCUGGGGGUCGUCGUGCUACUGGUGGUCAUAGCGGUGGUCAUCUUCCUGCUCAAGUCAAAGAGACGCAGGAAGAACAAAGGACAGGACAACAGUGCCGUGGCCUCGGGAACCACUCUGCAGAAACUGGACGAUUCCAAAUCUGGAGGAUCUGAGAGGAUCUAUCAUCAGACGUUACCAGGGUACGCCGGCGACCAAGGUGGAGCAGGGGCCGGGCCCUACCCCCGGGGGGGUUCCCUUGACCCCUCCCACUCCAGCGGGCGUGGCUCAGCCGAGGCGGCGGAGGACGAUGAGAUCAGGAUGAUCAACGAGUACCCCCGCGUAGCGUCCAUCUCCUCGUCCAUGCAGGAGCACAUCUCAGCCCGCGGGCCGGACUCUGGCAUCCAGCAGGACGCUGACCAGCUGUCGGACAUCUCCUGUGAGCCGGCCGCCCUGGAAGGAAGCACCUGGUUCAAAGGCAAGAAGCUGGGAGGGAGUCUCAGCGGGACCAUGCUGUCUGGACAGCUACCUGUCUACAGAGACGAGCUGGGAGGAGGGUACCUGGGGGUGGGGAGGGGACUCAACGUCUCCCAUCCUAAAGAUUACGCCUUUCCAGAGGACGGGAAGCCCUCUGUAGACGGGUCCCUGACAGCCAUAGUGGCCAGUGACGAAGAGCUAAGGGGCAGUUAUAACUGGGAUUACCUGCUCAACUGGUGCCCUCAGUUCCAACCACUAGCCAACGUCUUCACGGAGAUUGCCAGGCUCAAAGACGAGACAGCCCCACAGAACCAGACCAACCCACGCCAGCCCUUCCAGCCCAAAGCCAAGACGGACCCCAAGCCUCGCAUCGACCCACCGCCCCUCAUCACUGCCGUGGCCCACCCUGGGGCCAAGUCCGUCCCCCCGAAGGUCCCUGUCAUCGGACGCACCUUCCCCCACCUGGCCACCCUACGGCGGUCCCCCAUCAGCCACGAGGGCUCCAUCUCCUCAGCAGCCAUGUCCCCCAGCUUCUCCCCCUCUCUCUCCCCCCUCGCCGCCCGCUCCCCCGCCGUCUCCCCCUUCGGAGUAACCCAGGGCCCCUCGACCUCCAUGAUCAGUACCAGGGAUCCCAUGCUGGACCACAGCCCCGAUCACGAGAUGAGGAUCUGAGGAUGACGUUGUUUUAGGUUUUUUAGAGACGUUUCUAUAAUUUAUGUUUUAUCAUAUGACAAAGUAAAGGGUGCUGAGAUCGGGAUGUUAUAUCAGCUCCUAUGACACGUGAGAAAGGAAGUGUUUUUGGCUUUAGAGACAUGUUUCUCUGAUGUAGUUUUAAAAAAUAAUCUGACAAUGUGAUUGGUUCUCAGAUAUGAACCUUAUUUCAGCUCCUAGGACAGAUGAGGAGAUGAAGGAAGUGUUUUCGGCUUUAGAGACGUGUUUCUCUGAUGUACUUUCUCAGAUGAUUUUUAGGCCAUAUUUCUUCACAACGGAAGAGGAAUAUAGUGUGGGAACAUUUUGUAUUAGUGAAGUGAUUGCCAAGAUUGAGGCUCAAUAAGAUGAACACUAAUAUGAUGAGAUAGGUCAUAUUCACCCUCUUUUCUGAAGGGGCAUGUGGAUUAUCAUUUUCUACAGGAUGUUAUUUCUCACCCUAUGAGUCCUUAGACCUAGUUAUCCCGCUAUGCAGUGGUGGACCAUGUUGUGGGGUUGGGGAGGUUAGCAUUGACAACAGACCAGCCAUCUCCUUCCCUACUUGUACAUCAUGACGCAGGCCUCUGAGAAUUGCCACAGGGUUAGGAGAUUACCCAAGAUUACCCAACCUCUUGGCUUCGAACAACCAUAAACUGACCUAUCGGCUGCAGACUGACCCUCCCUGCAGACAGAAGGCCCUCAGUAGAGAUAAACUGACCUAUCGGCUGCAGACUGACCCUCCCUUCAGACAGAGGCCCUCAGUAGAGAUAAACUGACCUAUCGGCUGCAGACUGACCCUCCCUUCAGACAGAGGCCCUUCGUAGAGAUAAACUGACCUACCGGCUGCAGACUGACCCUCCCUUCAGACAGAAGGCCCUUAGUAGAGAUAAACUGACCUAUCGGCUGCAGACUGACCCUCCCUUCAGACAGAGGCCCUUCAUAGAGAUAAACUGACCUACCGGCUGCAGACUGACCCUCCCUUCAGACAGAAGGCCCUUAGUAGAGAUAAACUGACCUAUCGGCUGCAGACUGACCCUCCCUUCAGACAGAGGCCCUUAGUAGAGAUAAACUGACCUACCGGCUGCAGACUGACCCUCCCUUCAGACAGAAGGCCCUCAGUAGAGAUAAACUGACCUAUCGGCUGCAGACUGACCCUCCCUUCAGACAGAAGGCCCUCAGUAGAGAUAAACUGACCUAUCGGCUGCAGACUGACCCUCCCUUCAGACAGAAGGACCUCAGUAGAGAUAAACUGACCUAUCGGCUGCAGACUGACCCUCCCUUCAGACAGAAGGCCCUCAGUAGAGAUAAACUGACCUACCGUCUGCAGACUGACCCUCCCUUCAGACAGAAGGCCCUCUGUCAUGAAGUCCAUAGACACAGUAGAUUUUCAGUCGUUUUCAGGUCCCUCCUCGCUGGCUGGUCAGAGAGAUAAAGGAUUCCACUAUUCCAGACUUCCGUCUCUUCACAUUCUAGAUCUCCAUUAAAGACUUCAGUGUUCCGUUGCGGUGUUCUCACAAACAAACGGACUGCUUUACAUAACAAAACAAAAUGGCUGCUUUCAAAAUGGCUGACGUUUGCCGUUCUGUGGAUCCAAUGGACCAAGUACAUGUGUGUUGAAAAAUACAUUAUAAACGAGCCAGUGUUUUGUACAUUGGAAACAAGGACCUGAGGCUAAUGUUUUCCUUUGUUGCUACGGAAGACGCAUUCUUUUCUUUUGCUUGUAUUUUUUAUAUAUUUUUAUAUUGACCUUUUGAUUUUCUGAUUUGAAAUGCCAGGUUAUCGUUUCAUUCUAUUUAGAUAUAUGUAUAUUUGUAUGUGUGUGUAUGUACGCCAGCCACAUUAUCUAUGUGUUUUUCCUGUCAUAGAUUUUAGAGAGCCAUCAUCUUAUGUCUUUGUGGACUCGUGACAUUUUUGUGACGUGAGUGAGUGGGGAACAUUUUGUGUUUUGAUAAUUAUUUAUAUGAAGGAACUGAACUGCUGGCCAUGUCGACACCACGUUCACUUGUCACCAUGCUGUAAUUGUAUCUGGAAAACGUUGUUUUUAUUUUCUUGUCAGAAUGUAGAUCUUCUCAAAAUCCCGGCAAAGCGAUGUAAAGACGAUCGGAGAUCAUUGGUCACUGCCCUCAAACUCUUGUCACCAAAACCAGACCUGUCCUCCUUGUUAGUAAACUGUUAUAACUGAUAUGUAGCGGAGGUGAACCGGACUCACGCUCUUGUGAUGAAAAUCUGCGUCACCCCGGUCCAAGAGGGAAUGUCCUCUUGGCUUAAUGUUUAAGACGUUGGUUUUCCAUGCUGGAGACCAGGGUUCAGAUCCUGCCUGUGACCUAUACACUCGACUCAGUGGAAGUAAACUGGCUUACACAGCAGCACACAUUCUCCACGGAAUUCAUGGAGAAUUCCAUUUCCUGUUCACCUCUUGUGUCUUUUGUAAUGAAGUGCUUCCGGCUCAACACAAAGGUCAAUGGUGUGAUGUCAUCGCUCCGUGCGAUUACUUGUAAACUGAGAAGUGGUUCAACUUCAUACCAUAGAAAUACAAUGCAUAGAACAUAGAUUGUAGAAUGGUUAAAAGGGUUUACACAACUACUUUUAAAAGUAGCAGCACAAGAAUUUAACUUCAUUUAGACCUGUCACGCUCCCAAAUGGUUGCUUCCAAAAUCAACAUACUGUGUGUUCUAUCUAUGCAUUCUAUUUCUAUGGUUUCAGUGCUCCAGUUCUAGCUCUGUCGUUAGAUGUGUUUUUACCAGGAGGUAGGGUAGGUAGACGGGGUUAUCCAGGGUCCAUGAGUUUCUCUCAUCCCCCACCCUCUGUGUCCUCUCCGUGUCCUCUCUACGAUCCCAUUGUUUGGGCUCUGUCCUGGACAUCUGUUAACCUAGCAGGCCAGAGGGCACACAGCUUUACCGCAACACUAGAUGUGUCCCAAAUUGCACCACAUUCCCUAUGUAAUGCAUUACUUUUGACCAGAGGGUUCUGUUCAGAGGGUCCUGUUCAGAGAGUUCUGACCAGAGGGUUCUGUUCAGAGAGUUCCGACCAGAGGGUUCUGACCAGAGGGUUCUGUUCAGAGAGUUCUGACCAGAGGGUUCUGUUCAGAGAGUUCUGACCAGAGGGUUCUGACCAGUGGGUUCUGACCAGUGGGUUCUGUUCAGAGGGCACUAUAUAGGUAAAAUGGUGCCAAUUGGGACACACAGACUGUCUUCUCCAGUAUUACAUUUCCUGUUGUUUAGUUCAGUGUGUGUUGAGUCAGGGGUGAUCAGCAGCAAUGUGAUGCUCUCCUGUUCCUCACAUGCCGCUUUCAAAUCAACUGGGAACUCCAAUCCUCGUAAAUCUCAGACUUUUGAAUUCAGUGCAUUCAAAACGGCUGGGAACUCUUCGCGAGCUCCGAUUGGGGGAAAAUGGUUUUGAACGGUCGUCCAACGUAGAAUUCCAAGUCUUUCUAGAGCAUUGACUUUCCGACCCUGAAGAUCACUGACGUCAUGAUUUGACAUAGGUAUUUUUCAGAGUUGCCAGUUGUCUUGAAAGCACCAUAAGGGAUAGUUUGUGGAACUCUGCUGUGCUGCAUGCCUGGUGAUUUAAGUCUACCAUACCAACAACUGUCUGCCUGCCUCUCGCUAACCUGGCGCUAACUCUGUCAGCCCACUAAACGGGCGGCAGGUAGCCUAGUGGUUAGAGCGAUGGGCCAGUAACCAAAAGGUCAAAUCCCCGAGCUGACAAGGUAAAAAAUCUGUCGUUCUGCCCCUGAACAAGGCAGUUAACUCACUGUUCCCCGGUAGGCCGUCAUUGUAAAUAAGAAUUUGUUCUUAACUGACUUGCCUUGUUAAAAUAAAGGUUUAAAAACAUG